CGCCUCCAGUGGUACCUUGUGCGCCGCCUGCUGGCCCACCGCCGCCACGGGUGUUGGAAUGUCUGCUAGCCUCGGCGCGGGAGCCGUGGCCAGUGGCUUGCCGGAGCUGCCGCAACAGCUGCAGCCGCUGGGUGGCAGUGCCCGGCUCGGUGGGCCGGUGCCGCGUCCGGAGUGCGGGGUGGCGCCACCGGCUCCGCACGCCGCCGCCUCCCUUCCGCCCGAGGUGGCUGUGCAGCGGCUACUGGAGGCGGAGCAGGAGGAGGAGCGGGGGCAGGGCAGGGAGAGGCAAGGGCAGCAGCAGCAACCUCAGCGGGGUCCUGACCUUCCUUGGAGGAGCCACUUUGUUGCUGUGCGACCUCGCGAGGCUGCACCGCGGCCGCCUCGCUCUCCUCGCCAUGAAGUCCUCCUUCGGCCCUGCCCGGUCGGCGAGCCCCGCCUGCCUCCGAGGUGGGAGGAGAGGGAGGCCUCAGGCGGACCGACUGCGGCCGCCUCCGCUGCCAGCCGCGCGGAGGUUGCUGCGCUGGCCUUCCUGGCGGCGGUGGAGCGGCAGGUGGAGAUUGAUGGCGGGGGCGGGGGGGUGCCCCCAGCCACCCAUGCGGAGCUGGGGGCCUCGGAGGCGGCGGCGGCGGGGGACCGGCUGAGGCAGCUGGAGCUGGGGCUUGAGCCGCUGGGGGCGGGGGCCAGCUGGUCGGGCUGGGAGCCGGCGGGGGCGGGGUUAGCAGGGCCGCAGUUGGGUUGCGAGGAGGUGGGUAGGAGCACUCGGCAUGAGGCUAUGCGGGCGCUGCAGGAGCGGCUGACGGAGGUGCAGGCGCAGUACGAGGCCCGGCGGCGCCAGCGACGUGCCACCCCCCGUGCCACCGGCUCCCCGGAGGCAGCUCAGGCGGCUGGCAGCUGCGGCCCCCACCCCCCCGCGCCCCCUAGCUGCAUGGCCGGCGGCUGUUCGGCCCCCAGCACCUCCCUGCGCCUCAUCCUGUCGCAGAUGGCCACCCCCGCGCAUGCCGCCACACCGCCACCCACCAGCCGGAGGAGCACCGGAACCGGCGGUCCUGGUGUUGCCGGGCUGUUGGAGGGGUCGGAGCUGCUGCAGGGGGAGGAUGAGUGGGCAGGGGCGGCGGAGCAGGGCACUGCGGCGGCGCUGACGUCCCGAGCCUCCGAGCUGUCCCUGCGCCCCACCACCCCCGUGCACCACGCGCCAUCAACGGAUGGCGACGCGGCUCCCUCAGCUGCACAGCCCGCCGGUAGCAGCAGCUGCGAGCCGGGGGCAAUGAGACCUCCCGGCCGACUGGCCUCCUCCAAAACCGGGCAGGCAGGCGCUGCAGGGAUGACAGGAGCACCUGCGGUUGCGACAGGAAGGGCGGAACCAUGCAGCCAAGCGGACAUGUGCCGGGAGCUUCCCCUUUGCACUGCUCAAGCGGUGCCUGCUGACCAGGCGGUGAACACUUCUUGUGCCAUGCUGAUCAAUCAGGGACCUUCACUCCGCCUGAUGAGGAGCUCGCUUGCAGCCCCGAGCGCCAGCAGCGGACCGCCCGCACCGCUGGCCUCCGUACAGCCACGCCCCCAAGUUGAGCCUCUCCCCCCAGCGGCCGACCUGGUGCCGCCGCAGCACCCUGACAGCCCCAUUCGCCACCAGACCUACACCGUAUCCCCCAAUUCCAAGCAGCAGCGCGAGCGCCUGUCCACCCCUCUCCUGCUUCCAUACACCAACCCGAUGGCCUCCCCUUCCACCUCUUGCUCCUCCUCCCUCGUCCUUGCGCCCUCCUGUUCCACCGCCCUAAUGCGCCUGCAUGCAGCUGCGCCGGUUGCGGCCAGCAGCUGCGGUGCUGCAGGCGGCGGCAUCGCCAGCAACACCACCACCACCUCCAGUGGGCUGCUGCUGCCGGGCGUCCUGGCACUGCCCGGCGCCAGCUGCCCAGCGGAGGCCGAUGAGAAGCUGCGGGCGCUGUGCGAGGCGGCCCGGGCGCUGCCGCAGCUGGAUGCCAUGCAGCGGCUGCAGCUGUGGGCGCGACUGGAGCAGCUGAUGGCGGCGCAGGCGGCCGGGGUGAACGCGGGGGGGCUGGUGGGGGCAGGGGCGGGGAUAGGGGCAGGGCAGCGCUGCAGGAGCGCUGGCAGGGAGCGGCCAGGCCGCUACGACAGUGGCGGUGCGGCUGACAACCUCGGCGGCGUGACGGAGCAGCAGCUGCUGCUGGAGGCCCAGGAGGAGCAGCGGCAGCAGGGCCGCCGGGCGAUGACGAGUCGCGGGCCGUACCACCGGUCGUACUCGGCGGUGCGGGGCUAUGCGGCCAUCUGGGAGACCAAGCAGCGCUGGGGCGGCAGCAGUGCCAGCAGCGUCGUCAGCAGCCGCAGCGGCAGCACGGGGCGGGGCGCCCGGCAGAGGGCUGGCC